AUGAUUCCAAUGUCUUCUAAUGGUCACCUUGUAGCUCACUUUCACGGGACCACUCCGCCAGAGUCUAAAGUGUGGUCGGACCUAAACCCAAUCUGGGGAAGUCAGGGAAAGAUCACAGUUAGAAGGCUCUCUAAUGGUACUUGCUUAAUCUUCAUUCCGUCGGAAGCAACACAUGCUCAGAAGGCUUCGACAGUGCUGAGUCAAGCUAUCACGGUGGCAUUUAUUUAUGCAUCAUGGCUCGCAGAGAUCUUUGGUCUGCAAUACAAGACAAGUAUUAUCAGAAACUCGCCUUGGUUAUUACUAGGAGACUUUAACCAAAUACUAAGCCUUGACGAACACUUCUCCAUCUCUUUACAGGGUAUACAAGAGUUUCAGAACUGCCUUGAAGCUAGUAAUUUGUUUGAUCUGGUCAGUCAUGGAGCCUUAUACACUUGGUCUAAUCGCAAUCCGGAAAACCCGAUAGUAAGAAAGCUUGACAGGGCAAUUGCCCUAACGCCUCGGCUAUCUUUGAUCCCCCUGGAACUUCAGAUCAGUAUCUUUGUCUGGUACUGUGGAAAGGAGGAAAACUCCGUUUCGGUUCUUCACCUUUCUACCGUCUCAUCCGGAAUUCCAGUCUCAGGCUUGGAAUCAAGUUACCUCUGGCCUUUCGGCUCUAAAUGCUCUAUGUUUAAAGCCGUGUGUUGUAGAGAAUUGAACAGGAGAAGCUUUAGCAAUAUACAGCUCCGAACAAAGGAAGCUUUUGAGUCACUAAAGAGAAUCCAAGAGGAGCUUUUAGCAAAUCCAAAUCAACGUUUAUUUGAAGAGGAAAGGGAUUCUAGAGAAGCUUGGGAUGUGUUAGCUAAAGCCGAAGAGUUGUUCUUCAAACAGAAAUCAGGGAUCAGAUGGCUUAUGGAAGGUGAUGCUAACACUUCAUUCUUCCACAAAGCAGUUCAAAUUCACCAGAACCAGAAUGCAAUCAGGUAUCUUAGGACUGAAAUGGGUGAAAGAAUCUCUAAUCCGGCUCAAAUCAAGGACAUGAUCAUCAAUUACUACAAGGCUUUACUUGGCACUCGAGGUAUCGCCCUACUCAGUGACCUACUUAAAGAGAUAGAUUCACAAAACAUUCUUAGCUAUGCCAAAAGGAAAAGCUCCGGGGCCCGAUGGAUUCACUGCAGAAUUCUUCACUUCUUCUUGGAGUUUGGUUGGUCCUGA